AUGGCAAAAGCCCGUCGCUUCACUCCUUUGUGGGCAGGGGCCCUUACCCUUCUUCACUUCACCCUGUUUGUGUGUGGCUCAGCCUUGCCCUCUUCUUCUGAUGCCCCCCUCAAGGCAGCCUUGGUGACCCUCGUCCAAGAAGAUGAUGUCAGUCCUAUACUCUACAGUAUUCAACAGAUUGAGGACAAGUUCAACAACCGCCACUUGUACGACUGGGUUUUCUUUAGCGUCCAGGAUCUUCCAGAGAGGUUCAAGGAGCUCGCUUCUAACGCUACCAAUGCUACUUGUUUCUUCGAGAUUAUUCCUGAGGAGAACUGGAACAUGCCUGAUUGGACUGAUCACUCCCAACUUUCGGACUCUCACGGAAUCGACUCUGACGGCAACCAAAAGACCUUUAAACCCAUCGCCGACAUCCGCCAAAUGAAGCGAUGGAGCUCCGCUCCUUUUGCUAACGAGCGACGUCUCCGCAACUAUGAAUGGUUCUGGAGAGUAGAGCCAGGCGCUUCUUUGAGCCAAGACAUUCCUUUCGAUGUCUUCCGUUACAUGCGAGACAACGGUAUUGCCUAUGGUUUCAACCGAGCUGUCCUUGGCCAAGCCAACUUGUAUCAACUCUCUCGCGUCAAGUCUUUCAUAGACCAGCACCCAGAGCUCCUUCAUGAAGAGGCUGAUAUCACAUGGCUUAUUGAAAACAGCGCAGGUCUCGCUAUUCAGUCAAGCUCAUCGGAUAAUAGCUGUGAAGGAUCGGAUGAGACGGCUCACGACAGAAAUACCAAGGAUGAAGGGGAGGGAGCAUCUUGGAUUGGUGGGUCCUUUGCGACUUGGCUAAGUGAAGUUUACGGCAGCAGUCUUUAUCCAACGUUUGACAUUGGAUCCCUAGCUUUCUUCCGCAGCCCUCAUCACGCUGCCUUCUUCCACCACCUCGACAGCGCGGGUGACUUUCAGUAUCGCCGGAUCGACGACGUCCCGGUGCACAGCUUGAGCGCGAGUAUGUUCCUGCCUCGGGAGAGUGUCUGGAACUUUGGCACUAAGAAUAUGCAACUUCGCACCCAGCUCACUAUCCAGCCAACCGGAGUUGGAGCUAUUCCAGAUAGUGAUCAACGCAUCGCGGACUAUGAAAUCACUGACUCAGGCAACAGUGUCAAGCACAAGGGUGAUGCUGAAGGGGAAAAGAAAUCGCUUCAUGAAAAUUGGGAGUCAAUGACACCAGACACAAUUGGGCUCACCGCCUCGCGGGUCGAGGCAGCACAAAGAGAAGACAAUGUUUGCUUUUCAGAUGAGAGUGUUUGCGCAUGA